CGCCGCGGGCCUUCCCAGCAGAGCGCCUCGCAGCGGCCCGGUCCGCCUGGCCUCGGGCUCCCACCGCCCGACCCCAGCCCUUUCCCAGGUGAGGACCCGGCUCCGAACCCGGAAGACGCUCUGCGUGGGUCUCCGUUCCCCAGCCCAGUGACCCCGGCCCCGCCCCGGUUGCCUAGGCGACGAGGGGCCGCCGCGCUCUGGCGGGAUCAUGGCGACAUCUGUGGGAACAACUCCCGGGGGAACGACCCCCGCCGGGAUGACUCCGGCGGGAACCACGCCCGAGUCGGAGAAUGGAGCUGAAUUCCAGGAGCAUGAAAGGAUUCUAUCUCCCGAUUUUCUUUCAGUUGCCCAGAUCACAGAAAUGCUAGCGGAGGAUGCAGAUGGAGUUCAACGGAAACUGGAAAAGUUUUUGAAUUUCAAAAACCUUCACACCUGUUUAAAGGAAGCCAUUCUACUGGAUUAUUAUGUAUCUGGAUUUUUGUGGGCUAGAGGAAUGGACUUUUCUAUUAUUCAAUAUUCAAAAUUUAUAACUUUACUAGAUAUGUUACUUCAUAAUCUUAGAACACUGCGUAUGUCCUUAGAAGACAGCAUAAAAUGGCUUGGAGAAGUUAUGGCUGAAAUAGGACCAUCCCAUUCACAAAAAAAUGAGGAGUGGAAUAUCUUUGAUAUAAAACAAACCAAUGCUAUUGUUGAUUACUUAAAAGUCAGCCUAUUUCAACACUACAAGCUAUAUGAGUUUCUGUUCUACGCUACCAGGGAAGAAAUUGUGAUAGGAACUGAGCAAGUAAUAGAGGUUGUAAAGCCUGUAGGUCACCCUUUCCCUGAUCCUCUAGAAGAAGGAAUGGCAUUUGAUAUUUACUCAACGUUUAUAGAGCCUCCUCCAACAUUGGAUAUGGAAAUGAAGGAGUUGCAUCAAGAACAAGGCCCUGAAGAGUCCCAUCCAGAAGCCAACACUUCAGAGACUGAUCCAUUAGUUGGUUUCACCAUUGAAGAUAUAAAAUCAGUUCUGAGUCAAGUCACAGAUGAUAUAUUAAUCGGCAUCCAGACCGAGAUAAACGAAAAGCUGCAAAUACAGGAAGAAGCCUUUAAUGCACGAAUAGAAAAAUUGAAAAAGGCCUGAGGACUCCGAACUGGAGAGUGAUACUAAACUUCACAGAAACAUAUAAAACCAGCAGAAAAAAUAGACCCUCUAGAGCACCAGAUCUCCUUCAUUUAGUUGGGAAAGGAAAACUAAGCCCCACUUUUUAUUAUCCUAACUAAUUAGAAAAGUAUUGGCCCCAAUUUUGCUAUCUCCUGUCCCAUAACAGCCUCUGAAUUUAUUGCGCUGUCUGUAAUAAGAACAUUUUGUAUAUAAGAGUUUGGAGAACUAUAUAUAAAAAUACAAUUACUUUUACAAUACUCCUUUGACAUUUUGACUAGUAAAUGUUAUUCAUCUUCAA